ACCUAAAACUGACCCCUAAACAUUUUAUUUUUUAUAAAUUCGUAACGAAAAUAUCGGGCUGUGUAACAUGCGUGUCGGUGUAGCUAAUGGUUGGAAAAGGCUAUCGUUUGUCUAACAGGAGUUUCGCGAAGUCCUAUUUAGACAAACGUUAACAUUAGUACAAAUGUAACAUGUCUAUCGUCUUUGGCAUAGUGUAUACAUUAAAUACAUCUAGCUAAAAUAUAACUACCGUUGCUUCACUUUGUGAAAAUUAUAAUCUGUUUCUGAGGAAACUCGCAAUCUAUCCUUCUAAUGUCGACUAACCUGCUACCGUUAGCUGAUAUGGGCAUCCUUCUCACCGUUAGCUAACUUUAGGGCCUUGUUGGUUUGGGAGCCUAUUUCAGCUAACGUUAGAGCCUUGAGCUGCUAGCUGUGCAUGUUUUAACGUUCUUAUUUCUAACUUUUGCAAGCAAAUUAAAGCUAUAAAAUCAAUUAUGGGCAUUUAACUAGCUGUAGUUAAUGUUAGUGAACAGCUGGCUAUGUAGUUAACUAGUCAAGAACUUAGUUCGCAACUAACAUCGAAUUAGCCAGCCAGCCAUAAAGUCAGUGAACCCUUUUUUAUUUUUUAGCAUUCAGUCCAAAUAAGUAGGAUUUAAUUGAGAUACGCCUGUGUACAAGACUUAGUUAUUUAAAAUGACAUCCAGUCUCCCACGAUGGACUCAGACAUACUGAAUAUAGAGGAGAUAGUGAUGGGGAAGGGGCCACCAGAUCCCCCUGCAGAACUGACCACUGAGAAACCAGCAGAACCCUACAAACCCAUCUCCUCCUUCAAAGCACCGCCUCCACCCACCAUUCAACCAUACCAGCAUGAGAACCUGCAGUGUUUCCAGUGCUUCAUCACUUUCUGUAACUCCAAAGCUAAGGAGAGGCACAUGAAGAAGAGCCAUCGUGAGGAGUACAAGCAGCAGCUCCAGCAGGGAGAUACUCUGUUCACCUGCUAUGUGUGUGACCGUACCUUUCCGUCCUCGGAGGAGCUGACCCAGCACCAGGGCUCACACAACAAGGAGGACAAGCCCUUCAAGUGUCCCCACUGCCAGGAGAGCUUCCGUACCUUCUCUGAGCUGACGACCCACAGGAGACAGGUCUGUCCAGAGAGGCAAUUUGUGUGUAAGGACUGCAGUGAGACCUUCCGCAGCCCUGCCCUCCUUCGUACCCACCGCUUGGCCCAGCACCCCCGUCCAGAGGCAGAAGUGGAUGAGCCAGAUGACCCUACCAAGACCCACCGCUGUGGGAAGUGCAACCGGGGCUUCGAGACCGAGUCUGAGCUAAUAAUGCACCAGGAGAACCACGCCGGUGACCAGCACUGCAACGGCAGCGCUUCGCCUGCCAAGAAGCGCGGACGGCCCUUUAAAGCAGAGGACGCAACGGUCGGAGAGAAGAAAGGGAAGAGGAGAAAGAAGAAGGAAGAGGGCACAGAGGAGGUGGAGACUGGAAACAAUGCAGAGGAGGCUGCAGCAGCUCCGGCUGAGACCAAGGGGAAAGCAGCAGCAGCAGGGGGUGGCAGGCGGGGCCGUCCUAAAGCAGCAGCAGGCGAGGAGGCCGGAGAAGACGACAGUGAAGCCCCAGCAGAGGAGAAGAAACUCAAAGCGGCUCCCGCUCCCCCCAAGCAGCACCCCUGCCCUGAGUGUGAGCUCACUUUCCCUGCCCUGGCCCAGCUCCGCACCCACAAGAAGGAAAAGCACACCCCACGUAAGGCCCACCCCUGCGAGGAGUGUGAGGAGAGCUUUGCCCGUCCCGAGCAGCUAGAAGCCCACAAGAACCGGGCACACACCAAGGGGCGUUACGCCUGCCCUACCUGUGGCAAGAGCUUUGGCCGAGAGAGCAAUCUGAAGGGCCACCAGCAGAGCAGCCACCCAGAGGAGGAGGAGGAGGAGAAGCAAGAGGCGGCGGGCCGCAGCAAGAGAUAAUGGGGAAGGGGGGUUUUCUGUAAAGUGAUUGGGGAGGGAGACGAAGUAUCAGAGGGGUUUUAAAGAAUUUGAAUUUGGUCAAGGGUUUUUGUUGGUUUGAGGUUGGGUGUGAAAUGUAGAUCAUAAGUUUGAGGUGUUUUUAGAAUGUGAGGAAUUUCUUGCAGGAUUUUUAACAGGUGGCCUGAGGCAUCCCACUGAUUGUUCAGCAUUUGUCAUUUUUGGAUUGUUAGGAUGUUCAAGGCACACAUCACACUUGGAGUGACUGACUUACUAACCAAAAGAUGUAAGCCUUUGUUAAACCCAUCUGUUUCUUAUCUGGACUAAGAACGACAAUAAUUAGUUUUGGGCAUUGUGUUUGUUCCCUCUGUUUUGAUUAUCUUUAAAUGAUGAUCAUGAGAAUUUAGUUACUGGUUUUACAUUAUUUUUAGAGGUGUAUGUAAAUUGGCUUUCAUGCUGUCUGACAUGGAGCUUUUCUUGUUUGUUUUAUGAUUUUUAUAUUGCUAAGUACGUUUUCUGUAGUAGAAGAUGAAAUGCAACCACCGUGCAUUUUAUAAAACCUGUUGGAUAUUUACUUUUUGACAAAGAUUAUUGUGAUAAGUGAACCAUGGAUUGUAAUGUUUGGGAGUUACAUAACGUCUCUUAGAAAUUGCAUCUAUUUAUAUACGGUUUCUGGUUCAUGUAGUGGUGAAUUAUGAUUAACUUCUAAAUUGUACUGCUAUUGUUAAAUGUGCAGGGUAUAAUAGAUAUCAGUGUAUUUAUCCUCUUAAGUUCGUUUGGUUUAGGCCCAAUGGUUCUUCUUUGGUGUUAUGCAUGGAUUUUAACAUGAUGUCAUCCUAAACAAUGGUUGUAAUGAAGACUAAUAGUCAAUGACUCGAAUUAGGAUAAUCCUGCCACCAGCUACGCCUUGUCACCUAUAUUUCUGAUUUGUUAUACUUAAUUUAAAUGUCAUAAAUAUUCUAAUGAACUUUACAUAAAUUAUUUGAUUUAAGUUUGGCAUGAUGACGGAAUGACCAGAGGCCUGAAUGGACCUUUUCUUGUUUUCAUUGUUCUCCCCAUGUAACAUGCCUGGACACUGCCAAUAUGUAAUAAAGGUGCCCCGAGGGCUGCUACAGAAUGAUA